AUGUCCAAAGACAGCGCAGCUGAUCUGCAGUGGGCGCCCUGCCCCGUGCGCCCCGGCUGGACCGACGCAGAACCCGAAAACCAGAUUCACGCGCUCCGAGCAGAAACAACAAAGCUGAGGAACGACCACAAGGCGCUCCAAGCACAGCACAAAAUCCUCUACGAAGCAGUGGAAUUGUUUGUAAAAGAAGCUACAGAAAAGGACUUGGGUGAGGACCCGGGUACCCCAUUCAUGCCGGAAGAGGAGGAAGAGGAGUACGAUCAGUUACAGGAACUCCAACGGUGGGCUCAUCAAUGGAAGGCCGUUUUCGCAGAGUUUACGGCAGCACCCCGAGGCGGUCAAGACUCGCUUACACCUACUGGGGCUGAGUUCCAAGCGCACCAGCGUGAAGACGGCUCAGAGCGGGAUCAGAGCUCAGCGCAGGAUGAAGGCUUUGACAUCCGUCCGUAG